AUGUCAUCCGCCGAACAGAAGAAAACUCAGGAAGUUUCCGAAAACGAAGAGCAAGUAAUCAAAUCCCUUGAAGAGGAUGAUGAAUUUGAAGAUUUCCCAGACGACGAGUCUAAAUGGGUUACAGAUGCAAAAUUGAAAGAAGAAUCACUUUGGGAACAGGAUUGGGAUGAUGAUGACAAUCAAGACCAAUUCUCGCAAAAGUUGAGGGAGGAAUUGAUAAAGUCACAGAAACCAGCAAACUAA